AUGACAGAAAGUGGUGGGCAGGAACAGUCAAGAUGGACAACAACAGUUAUUAUGAGUACAGCUCUGCAGAAUCAUGACAUUUCUACAAUUCUACAGAGGCAACAACACCGAGUUCGAUAUUCAGAAUCGGUGGAAACUGGAUCCGUGAUUUUUUCUCUUUCUGGUGUUGCAUUUAUACUGGCAGACACUCAAGACUUACUUAUCACAGGGGAAGAACAGUUUUUCAAAAGAAUUCAGAAAUUCAUAAACAUUCAUCGGAACGGUUUUUUGGUUUUGUCAGCUGCUCUUCAUGGACCAGAAGAAUGGAAUGUCAUGUUUAGAAUUCAGAGAAGAUUCCUGGGCAGUAACUUACGUAUAAUACCAGUUCAUAAUACUGCUGAAACUGUUAAGUUAAUGCUAACUAUAGCUAAGAUAACUUCCAAGCCAGAAGCAGAUGAUAUUCGUUACAAAAUGGCAAUGACAAAAGCCCAAAUAAUAGAGAACAGUCCAGUUUGGAAGAUACUUCAGUAG